GCAGUGGCGACCGUAAUGGUGCGCGGUGCGCGAGACAGACGUAGCGGUUGUUCGAACACGGCUGCGAAGUAUAGUUCUCGUUGAUACAUUGCAGCGAGCAUUUUGUCGUGGUGGUUCGGCUCUAACCCGUGACGGUUGAAUCUGUGAGAAUAGUGUCGCGCGAUGCCAGUAUCGGCCGUGAUCACGGUGCCCAUGUAGUGUUCGGUACGUUGCUUUGAGAACGACACACAACAGAUGAAUAUUUGCGACCGCGUACGCGUGACUUAAUCGAGGAAAAUGUGGAGCCCGACGCACGUCCAAGUGACAGUUCAAAGAGCAAGAAAUCUAUUGACCAAGGGAAAACACAAAACCAACGAUUGUUUCGUGACGAUCGCCCUCGGUAAGGAGAAGUAUCAGACCUCUGUGAAGGAGAAGGCCGCGAGGGACGUAGAAUGGCACGAGGAAUGCGAAUUAAUUAUCCCGGAGCAGGGGAACACCGCGGAAAUCGUGCUGACAGCCCUUCAUCGUAAUUUCCUGGGUGUCGACGAGUUCCUUGGCACCAUCAGCAUACCUUUGUCCAGCUUCGACGUCUACGAGAGACCCAGGAACAGAUGGUACACCCUCGGAAGUAAACCGGGCAAGGAGAAUACGAAGGAGCGCGGCGAGCUCGAAGUGAAGAUCGGAUUCAUCGUGAAGGCAGGCAGCUUGACAGAUUUGAGUCACAAAGAGCGGCACAAGAGCUCUUUGGGACAACUAUCCAACGCCGCCCAUUCGAUCGGCGGAAGUUUGCUGAGCAUAGGAAGCCUGGAGAAACGGAAAGGCCUGAAGAAGUUGGCGAAAUCCAUCGGCAAUCGCGUGAAAGGAAAAAGCAAGCAUAAUCUUGACAAAGAGGACGGUUUGGACGAGAGGGACGAGCGGAAGUUUCGAACUCCCACCAAGCAACAACCUGGCGAGGCUGAUCCCGGUGUAAUCAGCGAGGACGAGGACGAAUUUACGUUCGACGACCUGUCGCACAAGAGUUCGGCCUCGUCUUUGAAUGCCCCUGUCGUGGGCGGCAACAGUAACAGCGUGGUUUCCGUUUCUUCGAGCGUCUCUUCCGGCAAUCAUUCUAACGAGGCCAACCACCCACCGCCUGCGCCAGCUAACGCAGCGCCCAGCAAACCGCCUAGAUAUUCUAUGAGCGCAUCCACCACUUCUUUAUCGAAGGUCGAUAACACCAAGGACGACGAGUGGGGUCUGAAACUGUACGGGAAACAAACCCCUAAUAACGUUAAACGAUGGGAGAACAAGCCAAGUCCAAAGAUCGUGAUCGACGAGCCGAAAGAGGAUCAUCGCGAAGCGUCACCGGUUCGUUCACCGUCGUUGACGACCUUGAGAUUUCAAGAAACACCGGAGCCGCCGUUACCAGCGCCGCGUGAAGUCCUGCAGAACAAGAACAAAGAGGAGAGACCCGUGUCGAAUAAAGAUAAGAGCGCGAAAGAGGAGAAACUGAAGGAGAAGAAGGAGGAUCGAUAUGGUUGCUGGAGUCCCAAGGACGACAAACAGUCGAGGAAAGACAAGAAAAAGGAGAAAGAGAAUAAUAAACUGAAGGAGCUGAACGACGAUAAUAAUCAUUUGUCUUCGGAAAGAAUCAUCAUCGGCGGCGAGGACGCGAUUCGAAGCACCAUCACUGGAAAGAGCCACCUGCCGCACGAGGUUCUUUCUCAGUUUGAUGGGAAAUCGAGAGAGGACUUGAUAGAGCUAACGCUGCAGCUGCAGGCGGAAGUGAUGCAGAAAAAGAAGCGUUUGAACGAUUUGGAAGAUUACAUAGACGCGUUGUUGUUACGUGUUAUCGAAUGCUCGCCACGCUUGCUGCAGAAUCCCUAUCAAUCGCAGAGACGUUUGUCGUCGCCCGGACAUCAGUAGACAAUUAAAAAUGUUCUUCCAUCUGGUGGUGUUUCCUGAUGUCGAGAUCGAUUACAUCUCCCGGCGUGAUUAGUGAUAAUUGCCUAGCGCCCGUUUCGAUCCGUUCCGGUCGUUAACAUUUGCGCACGUUUGACUGCUGCUGCCGUGCAACCAUUUUUAUUUUACGAACCACGCGCUUUAAUUUAUUUUCGACUAACAAUUAGGAACCGUAACUCUUAAGUAAUGUUGCACAUAGGCGUUAUCGUCGUUUGUCGUUGCUUUCUCCUGAUUCUAGAGACUCUCGCGAAACGUUUAAUGUUUUCUUCGUUUUGUUAUCGUUCGAAUGAAGUAUUUUAAUUGUAAGAUUGUACGAGUUCGAAACAAAAAAAAAGAAAAAGGGCAAAGGAAA